AUCAGCUGUAGCCUCGUCAACUUUUCGAACCGAGUACCUCCAUAUCUAAAUUGUAUAUAAGAGUUCAAAUGGUCAAAUGUAGAGAAUAUGGAGCAUUUGGAAAAUAUGGCAGGUCAUUUCAUGAAUGUAGUCUCAACAUUGACUAUCACCUAAUAUAUUAUCCAGCUCAGUCAUCGACAGAAAUUGCACAGGAAAACACGUCCAUGUACAAGUUUCUCCUGAUCUCAAAUCGAUUCUGUUCGUCUCUAUAUGCACUGUCCACGAUGUCUGCCCUACCAUCCUAUGGAACUAUCGUCCCCCGCAGCCUCACCCCUCGCAGUCUCUCAACUGAGAAUAAAAUCAAUGUCAUCAUUGGCGUCUUGGCAAUAGUAGUUGCUACCAUAAGUGCCAUGAUAGCCUGGUCCACCUGGAAGCUUUCCCGGAGAAGGAGGAGGCUCUUGCAUGAUGAUACUGAGAGCCAAUCUAUACCGUUUCGGAACCUCAGUGGCGUUCAGGACUCGAGCUUGCCAUAUGAGUUUGCUGUAAGAUUUGGGAGGAGAAUGUAAUUAUGACUGGGUCGCCUUUCAUAAUAUUGAGCUUGGGGGCCUGGACAAAGAGUCUAGUAUAGGAGUCAUUAGUAAAGGAUACGGAGUAGUGGCGCAAUGUGGUGGAUUGUUCAUUGCAGACAGGUGAUUUGGGUGGUUUGUUUGUCUAUAUAUCUUCUAAGCGAGACUGCUUCCAAGUUGAGACAUAGUCUCACUGCCUCUUGUAUUGAAAUAGCCUCGUGGCCUGUUAUGCUUACACUUAUUACACUUUAGAACAUAGGAGGCUUCGACAUGCACUUUGAUAAACACGUAUCUGAGGACAGGACA